AUGGCUCACUAUGAAGAGUCCGCCAGCGACACCCAAUAUGUCCCAAGGCCUCUUCCCCGAAGACCAAGACCUGUCACCGACUAUGGGUCAUCCAUGGUACAAUGGAUGCAUUCGCGGCGACCGCGAUACAAAGGAGCUCAUAGAAUGGAGGUGGAAAGGCCAAGCUUGAGCUACGUCGUCGAUAUGCUCCCCCCUUUAGCCAGAAUCCACUCGCCGGUUGAUACGAUUCCUGUGCGGCAUCUGCACCAGUCGAUAGGAAAAUCGAAGAAGCCCAUUACGGUUGUGAGAUGGACACCAGAGGGCAGACGGUUGCUGACGGGUGGUCAUACUGGUGAAUUUAUGCUCUGGAAUGGAACUGCUUUCAAUUUUGAAACUGUUAUGGAUGCACAUUAUGACCAAUUCCAAGCAGGCGUUACAUCAGCAGCAUGGUCACACAGUCAUGACUGGCUGAUAUCGGGCGGACAAAAGGGCGAUGUCAAAUAUUGGCGUCCCAACUUCAAUAAUGUCGAGACGGUUGAUGACGCACAUCACGAUGCCGUCCGAGAUUUGGCAUGGGGUCCUAGCGAUACCAAGUUUCUAUCUGCAUCCGACGAUACUACGUUGAAGAUAUUCGAUUUCACAGCUCGAGCUUGCGACACGGUUCUGACUGGCCAUAACUGGGACGUGAAGUCGUGCGACUGGCACCCUACGAAGGGACUCCUGGUUUCCGGCUCUAAAGACCAUCAAGUCAAGUUCUGGGAUCCUCGCACCGGAAGAUGUUUGACUACGCUACACAGUCAUAAGAACACCGUUACGACAACCAGGUUCUCUCGGGUAAACAAUAACCUGUUGGCCACGUCUUCUCGAGAUUCAACCGCAAGAGUAUUUGACCUCCGGAUGAUGCGCGAUAUCUGCAUCCUUCGAGGUCAUGAAAAGCCGAUCUCGACCCUGACGUGGCACCCCAUUCACAGCUCAUUGAUAUCAACAGGCAGCGAGGACGGCUCUUUGUAUCAUUAUCUGCUGGACGAGCCCAACUUGCCGCCAGGGCAUGUCCCUACCGUCGCGCCGUACGAUAGUAACGAUCCCUUGAACACACCCCCUCAAGUUAUCUAUCCCGCCCAUCGCAUCCAAUAUGCUCACAGCGCGACAAUAUGGUCGCUUGAUUGGCACCCUCUGGGACACAUCUUGGCGUCCGGUUCCAAAGAUAAUUUUACUCGUUUCUGGUCUAGAGCUAGACCAGGAGAGACUAGUUACAUGAAGGAUCGGUUUCAUAUUGGCGAGGAAGCAGCGGAGGCUCAAGGAACGUGGAGCCGGGGAUUUGGGAAAAAACAAAUGCGCGAGGAGGAGGAACAAGAGCUCCAGGACGAAGCCGAGGGGCUGGUCGACCAGAAGUCUGCAGCAACGACUCUUCCCGGAAUACAAGGGCCUCCGCUUCCAGGCACCACUUCCGCGGAGGGUGCUGGUUCACAAAGCUCAUUGCCCGGGAUUGGCAAUGUCCAGCCCCCGCCACAGACUGGAACACCGACCCCCAUUCCGAACGUCGAUCCCAGUCAGCUGGCUACAAUGCUAGGUGGUUCAGUGCCGCCUCAACAGAACGGGUUUCCGGCACAAAGUUCCAGUCUGCCUGGAUUUUCCAUGCCAGCUGGGUUUCCGGGAACUCCACCACCGAACCUCAACCUCGCAGAGCUGCAGAAGCAGCUGCUUGCGCAAGGUAUCCAAAUACCACCAAACUUUGGCGCCAAAAAUACCUCGAAUGGAAGCUAG